AUGGCUCGAAAAAUCGUGCUCUUGGACCCGUGGCACUUUUACUUCCCCUAUAGCUUUGGGCUUAGGCUGGACGGACGGGAUGAGGGCGACGUCCGGGACUUUAUUGGCUGCUCCAACAAUCUGGCCUACCGAUUGUUGGAAACGGCCUUGGAGGCCGUGUUCGUCGCCGAGCCAUACCUUCUCACGGCUGAUGUCCCGUGUUAG